CGAAAAACUUAUCGACGAAAAAACUCCACUCCACAAUUAUGUCCAAAGUAAGAGAAGACAAAGUGGUUCCUUACCACCAUUUCCCAGCAAAACCUCGGGGUGAAGCUUCUUCCAUGAUUUCCCAAUCGUUGCCUAUGGCCGCUAUGUUCAUGAGAAACAAAAUGUUAUCCUGGGCAGCGGUGUUUUUGGCAGUACAAUCUUACUUGAAUGAACCAACGAACAAGCCUUCCUCGGGCGAUGAAGCUGCAACUCAACCUCCUUUGUUGAGAGUUGUUCUUGCUAUUUUCUCCUUGGGUACUUGCUACUUAGACCUUCUUUUCCCAGCGGUGAACCCACAAUUGAGGGCUGCGCAGGCUGCUGCUGCUGCUGCCACUGCUGCUGCCACCGCUUAAGCUAAUGUAAUUCAAUCAAUUAAAAUAACUAAUAAUACAAGAUUUUGUGCCAUC